CCGCUUUCACAUCUCCUCCUCCUCGUAAUCAUCUUCUCUUCUCUCUUCCCCGGCGGCGACGCGGCGGCGCCGGUCAAACCACUCCUCGCCGGCGAGGGGAGCGCGGAUCGGGCUCGGGAGGAGGCUAGGGGUUUGGCUCGCUCGCUCGCUUUCGGCGUGCAGCUGAGGCGGUGGACUUGGCGGCUGUGGCGGAGGUGGGGAGGUGGAGGUGGAGGGGAGAUGGAGGGGUUCCUGCAGAAGCUGAAGGGGCUGGACGCGUACCCCAAGGUGAACGAGGACUUCUACAAGCGGACGCUCUCCGGCGGCGUCGUCACGGUCGUCGCCUCCGUCGUCAUGCUGCUGCUGUUCGUCUCCGAGACCCGGUCAUAUUUUUAUUCAGCAACAGAGACUAAGCUAGUGGUUGACACAUCAAGAGGGGAAAGGCUACGAGUUAAUUUUGACGUAACUUUUCCGAGUGUUCCCUGCACCCUUCUCAGUGUUGAUACCAUGGAUAUUAGUGGAGAGCAGCAUCAUGACAUUAGGCAUGAUAUAGAAAAGAGGCGAUUAGACGCACAUGGUAAUGUCAUUGAGGCUAGAAAAGAAGGCAUUGGUGGAGCAAAGAUAGAGAGUCCAUUGCAAAAACAUGGAGGAAGACUCAGCAAAGGUGAAGAAUACUGUGGCACGUGUUAUGGUGCUGAGGAGUCGGAUGAACAAUGCUGUAAUUCUUGUGAAGAAGUUAGGGAAGCAUAUAAGAAGAAAGGAUGGGCCCUUACAAAUCCUGAUCUGAUUGACCAGUGCACCAGAGAAGAUUUUGUGGAAAGAGUUAAAACUCAACAAGGUGAAGGUUGUAAUGUACAUGGCUUUUUAGAUGUCAGCAAAGUUGCAGGGAACUUACACUUUGCUCCAGGCAAAGGAUUUUAUGAGUCAAAUAUAAAUGUGCCUGAGCUGUCGGCACUUGAGCAUGGUUUCAACAUCACACACAAAAUAAAUAAACUGUCUUUUGGGACAGAAUUCCCUGGUGUUGUUAAUCCACUUGAUGGUGCUCAGUGGACACAACCAGCAUCAGAUGGGACAUACCAAUACUUCAUAAAAGUUGUUCCUACAAUUUACACUGAUCUAAGAGGGCGCAAGAUUCAUUCCAACCAAUUCUCAGUAACAGAGCAUUUUAGAGAUGGGAAUAUUCGCCCCAAACCCCAGCCUGGAGUAUUUUUCUUCUAUGAUUUCUCACCCAUAAAGGUAAUAUUUACAGAAGAAAAUAGUUCCCUGCUCCACUAUCUGACGAACCUAUGUGCUAUAGUGGGAGGGGUUUUCACCGUCUCCGGCAUCAUUGACUCGUUCAUAUAUCACGGGCAGAAGGCACUCAAGAAAAAAAUGGAGCUAGGCAAGUACAGAUGAUUUACCUGAAACAUGGACUGGCCCUCAUGUUCCCCAAGUUCCCAAGUUCCGUGGCUUGUAAAGGAUCCAUUGCUUAAGACCUGAAGACGUUGCUUUGCUGGAAGGUUUUGCUAAGGCCAUCAGAAUUGACGAUAUUGCACAUUAGUUGAUCAAAAACUCGUUUACAUGUAAAAAAAGACAAUAUCAUAGCGUUGGGCCUGGGGGAGUGCUUUGAUGUCUCAGUGAGACUCUUUUUGAGUGGCCAAAACUGGCGAAAUGAGAUGGAUAGAUUAAAUCAAUUUUACCACUGCGUGUGCCAUCUAACACUGUUUGACGUUUUCUGUAUUUCUUUUCAGGAAGAACUAGAACUUACAUUUUUUUUGUUCUUUUUUUUUGCUUCAUCUGAGUGCAUUAGUAGAGAUAUAACCCAUUUCUUGUAACUUCAGGGUGUUCAAAGAGACAAUUUGAUCAUUUUCGUGUCA